AUGGCGACCGCAGAGUGCCUGGAAUUUGGCAUCUGCGGUCUGGACAACACGGUGCCCAAGGACGUCCUCGCGGAGCUUUUCAGCCCGCCGGCGGCCUGCCGGGUGGUGCCGGUCGCCGCAUUCCAGCUGGCCUAUCAAGGCUAUCCCUGGCUGCCAGCGUCGGGCUACCUUCCCGAUGGCUCUAUGGAGGGCCGGCGAUAUCCGAAUGGCGAAACCUAUCCAUCGUGGCAUGAGAUCGAUGAGAUGAUCAAGACUAUGCCACCCGACACGCGGCUCUCAUUCCACCUGAACAACACGAAGGAGUGUCCCUAUGUCACAGCAUUGCUUCAAGGAGAGCCGGAGACCCUGCGUCUUGUCGAUGUGCUCUGCAGCCAAUACCACGCACGACACAUCCAGGUGAACAUCAGUGCCAGAGGCCUGUCGACGGAGCUCUUCAUGCCAGGUGACCUUUGGGGGAAGAGCGCCCAGCAGCUCGUGGAGCUUUCAGAGCGAUACCCCGAGACCCUUUUCCUGAUCCCGGUCUUCCAGCGGCCUGCCUCAGCCUCAGCGCCUGCGAUGGAUUCAUGGCCUUUCGUACAGAAGCUCCUCCAGGAUUCAGCGGCACGGAACCGCGGUGAGCCGGUGCGAAACUUGGUCGCCUUCUUCGACAACUCGGCCGGCUCGGGCACGGCCCCCGAUGCGGUGCCCGAGAUCCCGCAUGAGUAUCCCAAGAAGGGCCAACCAAUUGGCUUCACGGGCGGUAUCAAUGCAUCCAACGUGCAGGACUGGCUCACCAAGUACUCCGCUGCAGCCGCGGCCCAUGGAUGCGAAUGCAUCAGCGAUGCCCAGACAGGCUUCCGUUUGGGGAAAGACCGAGGGCAACCGAUCGACGUCGCAGCCCUGCAAGAACUCGUGCGGAACGUGUACCAAUGGGGCACACCCAGCGCGUAA